GACCGUAGUUGUUUGUAUCGACUGCAGAGUGAGCUUCGUGUCGAGUAUGUGGUACAGAGUUGUACUUCUUCUGUUAAAACAACACUGUUAUAGUUACCACAGACUCUACUAAAGUUGAAUAUCGGGUUUGUAGUCCGGAAAUACACCUGUACACAAGAGGCUGCUGUCAUCCGUCUCCUCAAUGGGUUUACUGAAUGCAAGUCAGCUUGCACUGAGAGCUCUCAGAUGCUACCUGAGUCCCUUUUCAUCAUCCAAAUCAUGGCUCUCCACCAAAGCCUCCCUGCUGGGGGACAAGAACCUCCUGCUCAUGGGUCCUCCUGGAGCAGGGAAGACCACAGUGGGGAGGAUAGUGGCCCUCAGACUGGGACUGCCUGCCAUCGAUGUCGACGACGAUGUCUUGGAGACGACGUGGAAGAUGCCCGUCGCUGCCAAGCUGGCAGCAGUCGGCGGGGAGCGUUUCCUGGAGGAAGAAGGCCAGGCUUUGUGUAACUUCUCUGCCUCUGGGUGUGUUGUUUCCCUGACAGGCUCCAACCCUCUGCACGCUGCGGCGAUGCAGCACGUCAAGGAGUCCGGACUGGUCAUCUACCUGGAUGUGGACGGGGAAGACAUCAUACAGAGACUCGCCAGGAUGAAGGUGAACAGGAUCGUGGGCCAGGAGACAGGGGCGUCCAUGAGGGACAUUCUGCGUUACAGGAAGCGCUUUUAUGAGAAGUGGCUGGAUGUGCGGGUGCUGUGUGGGACGGGGGACGCGGUGGAGGAAGUGGCGGAGAAGGUGCUGAAGGCUGUGGAGAGAUAUCUGAACCACGACGCGGAAACCUUCGUGUCGACCAGGAGUCACAGCGUGGACUCGUCCAAUCAGAAGACAUACUUCAGCGAUGUGGUAGUUGAGGGUCUGGCCACAGAUGGAGGCCUCUAUGUUCCCAAAAACGGCUUCCCAAACAUAGGUGCUCGUGAAUGGCUGAGGCUGGCUGACAUGUCCUACCCGGAGCGAGCGUUAGUUUUGCUUGAAAAGUGCGUUCACCCAUUGGACGUCUCCGCUCUGGAUCUCAGGACUAUGAUAGUCAACGCGUAUGGGUCGAACUUUUCCAGCGAGGCAGUGGCACCUGUGAAACAUCUCAUCCACAAUCAGUACGUCCAGGAGCUGUUUCACGGCCCCACGGCCUCGUUUAAGGACCUCGCCUUGCAGCUGAUGCCCCAGCUGUUCGCCUACUGCCUCCCACCGAUGUGCAACUACCUCAUUCUGGUAGCCACAUCUGGAGACACUGGGAGCGCCGUGCUCAGCGGCUUCAGCAGGCUCAGCGGCACCGACAGACACAGGACCGGGGUGCUGGUGUUCUUCCCGGAGGAAGGCGUGAGUGAGAUCCAGAAGCUUCAGAUGAAGAGCUACAGGGAGGACAACGCCAGGGCCGUCAGCGUCCUGGCAGACUUUGACUUCUGUCAGAGAACCAUGAAGAGGAUGUUUGGAGAGUCUGGGCUGACGGGGCACCUCGCUGUCGAGUACGGCACAGUCCUCAGCACCGCCAACUCCAUCAACUGGGCGCGGCUGUUGCCACAGGUGGUGUACCAUUCCUCAGCCUAUCUGGAUCUAUACAGAGACGGUGUUAUCAAGUUCGGGGAGCCCAUUGAUGUUUGCAUCCCUUCUGGUAACUUUGGCAAUGCCAUGUCAGCUGUGUACGCCAAGCAAAUGGGCAUCCCGAUAAGAAAAGUCAUCUGUGCGUCCAACCACAACCGCAUCAUCACAGACUUUAUGACCACAGGCGAGUACGAUCUCCGGGGACGGCCUCUGAUGCUCUCCCACUCCCCGGCUAUAGAUAUCCUGAAAUCCUCCAACCUCGAGAGGUUUAUCUACCACGUCUCAGACGGAGACGGCCGUCUUGUCAAGGAGCUGUUCACACGCUUGGACACGCAGCAGCACUUUCAGGUUCCCAAGCCUCUUCUUGGCAGGAUACAGCAGGAAGUGCUGGCUGGCUGGUGCUCUGAAGACGACUGCUUGACUGCCAUCCAGAGCGUUCACACACGGACCGGCUACGUCAUGGACACACACACCGCCGUGGCUAAAGUCGUGGCUGACAGGCUGCAGGACGGCUCGUGCCCCGUGGUGCUUUGUUCCACUGCUCACUACGGGAAAUUUGCUCCCGCUGUGUUCAAAGCCUUACAAAUCCAAAAUAUUCCAGAGGAUCCUGUUGAGCAGCUGAAGGAGCUCGCAUCUAUCGCGUCUGGACCAGAAACACACAGAGACAUGAUAAAAUGUCUGAAGGAGAGUGGCAGGACGGGACACACAGUUUGUCAGGCUGAGUACAGUGUGUUAGUUGAGGAGGUGGAGAGCAUGAUACAGGACUCCUUCUUGAAAGUUAGGUAGGAAUGUUGUAGCUUUUCCUAAUGUCCACCUUCAAUUAACAUUCUUUUUAAGAGAAUGUGUUUGGUGUUUCUGCUUUUAAUUUAAAUGGUGACAGCUGAAGAGAGACAAGAAAGGUAGGGGAGAGAGAGAGAGAGAGAGAGAGAGAGGGUGAGAGCUCUACCAGGUGAGCUACUGGGGCCCAAAUAAACAUUAAUUUAAGUCAGAAUUAAUUAUUUACAAGAGAUAUAUCCUUCAUGUGUCCUGUUUGUAUCAUGUUUCCUUAAUUUUUCUAAUGUAUUAGUAAUGUUUUUUAAACAAAUGGAACAAAUAACAGGAAAAUGCGCAAGAAAUUCAAACAGCAAAAGAAUGAAUUAAAGAAAAAAUAAUAAUUGAUUUUAAAGACUAAUCCUGCCUGAGCCUUCAGGAGUGAGAAAAAAUGAACACUUUCACCCUAAUUAUGCUGUAAUCGAGCUCUAAACUGUUUUCUAACUCGAUUUAUUGAUUAUGCAACAUUUCUUUACAUCAUUAUCUGGAGCCCUGGCCCACUAGAUGGGGAUGUCUCCCUCUUGGCCACUGCUGUGUGCGAACACUGGUGCCAGCACUUCAGUAGCUGUAUAUGAGUAUUUCUGUAAUAAGAAUUAAUUACUGACUAAGUCAGAAGGUCAAAUAAACUGUGUGUGUGUGUGUGAAAUCAAUAUCUGCAGUCAGGCAGAUAAUCGUCAAGUUAAUUGUAUGCUCAUGAAUUCUACUGUGACAAUAUGUCUUUUGGAUUUUAUAUAUAACAGAGCUAUCAAAGCCAGGUCUCACAGCGUGCCAUUAAAAUACAACUAAUAGACUGAUAUCUGUGAGUUUCACAGUCCACUAGUCGGCACAUGAGGCUGAAGCAACUGGUAUGCUCCUAUCAGCAUCCACUGACUUAUUAACUACGUCACUGAGGAGUAUUACAGAAAGGGUUUGACGUUUUGGGAUGUAUACUACCUGAUAAGUUUCUUGGAAGUGGUUAAACCUUGAGUAUCCAAGGAAAGGCAUUGUAAUCAUAAAUAUUUUACUCUAGAAAUUUCCUGGAAUUGAGAAAUGUUUGACCAGCAUAGUGAACUGUGCUUUUACUAUGAUGUCUCCAAUAUUGGGUUUGUAUAUAUAUUCAGACCAAUUGAUUAAAAGAUGUGUUAUUUCUC